GAUUUUAGUAAAACAUGGUCGUGUAUACAGUUUGUAUGAUUCUAUUAACCUAUGUUUACAUCGCUGAUUCAUUUGGGCCUAAAGUGGGACCUUACGACUUGGAAAUUAUCAAGUUCGAGAAUUGUGAGGACGAAGGGUCCAAAAAGUUUGUUUUGGGCACCCGCAUAACCAACGCUGGCAAAGGGAAAUACAUUUACAAAGAGAGCGUUAAAUUCGGAGUACCAGUGGAUGGAAAGUUCAAGGUUCUACUUGAAGCCCAGAGAUGGGGCAACGGCGGUUGGAGGCCGAAAGCGUUCGAACAUAAGUUGAACAACUGUGAAGACAUCAUGAAAGUGGCGGGAGAUACGGUCAAGGGAUUUAUGAAGUCUGCUGGAGUCAAUGUGGAGAAAUGCCCGAUACCUGCGGGUUCGUACCAGUCGGAUUGGUUGAUAGAGACCGACCUCAGCAGAGCUUUCCCCGCGAUGGAGUACGGCAAAUACCGAGUCAUCCUCAAGUUCUACUCCAAGGACGAGUACGUCGGAUGUUUCACAGCGCAAAUCGAAGUGAAACCGAAAUCAUUCGGAUAAGUACAAACAAUUCUGGUUA